AUGGCAACCACGAAUGGCACAAUCUCUUGGCCUGACUCGGUCGUGCCUGAGCGGACCCGAAAAUUUCUCCAAAAAUUCUUCAAGCUCCUCGACGCCGAUUCAGAAGAGUUUGCGGAAGCGUAUGGCGGGUUGUUCGCAGAAGACGCAGUUUAUAUCAUGUCGCAAAUCCCUGCGAUCAAGGGCCGUAAAGCGAUAGCGGAGCAACGUGCUUGGGGCUGGAGAACCUGGCCGGGGCUGAGACAUGAAAUACGGCAGAUAUAUUUGGGGGACAGGGAAGGUCUGGACAUAAUUAGUCUUGGAAAAUUCACUAUUGUCCCAGCGGAUGGAAAGCUGAGAGAAGGAGGCUCAGCGGCACAUUUUAAACUCGUGGACAAGGAUGGCCAGCUACUGAUCCACCAUCUUGAGAUAUUCUCUACUUGA